AUAAAUACCGAAGCUAUGUUUUUCUGUUUUAUUCAACUUGACAUUGAAAAAGCCAGAAUGGAUGCGAAAAUAUUUUUUCUUUUGUUCGGUCUAGCUGUCUGCGUUUCAGCGUCUAACAGACACAAGAUUGUUGCCUACUGGGGACAAAAUGCCGUCUACAACAGCUUGAAGCCACGCCAGUAUUGGGAAAAAGAUCUUGUCGACUUUUGUCGGGAUUACAACUACGACAUUAUCGUCUUAUCAUUUUUAAACGUAUUUUUUGACCGGAAAAAUAAAGAUCGCAUGCCUGGCUUCAACUUCGCCUUUCAUUGUGAAACUCCCGUCGCGCCUGAGUAUCCAAAAAUGUUUCGAUGUCCAAAAAUAGAAGCAGGAAUUAAAGAGUGUCAAAAGAAUGGUAAACAAGUCUUGAUGUCUCUGGGUGGAGCAGUAGGCCGGGUCGGAUUUUCUGGUGUUGAUGAAGCUAAACUUUUCGCCUACCGUGUCUACCACUUACUGUUAGAAGGUACGGACCUUCAAGCUAUUCGACCUUUUGGAAGCGCCAUCAUGGAUGGUAUCGAUCUUGAUAUCGAGAAUGGCUAUUAUUCAUAUUACACGGAUUUCGUAAAAGAAUUGAGGCGUCUUGAAAAAGCUGGAAGUCAAAAGAUUUUGAUUGGUGCAGCACCACAAUGUCCAUUCCCAGACAGACUUCUUGGUCCAUCAGCUGGUCGUGUUCUUGGUGAUGUUCCAAAGCUUGUUGAUGAAAUUUACAUCCAAUUCUACAACAACUGGUGCCACACAGGAAACGAGCGCGUCUUCUACGAUCACGUCAAAAAAUGGGUGGACUACUCCAAGAAAACCGAUGGACCGAUGAUUUUUGUUGGUGUACCGGGAAAUAAAAAAGCUUCGGGAAAUCCACUUCAUUACCGUACCCCUAGUGAGUUGGCUAAGAUUUAUCAGAAUUUAAAAGAUGAGCCUCGCUUUGGUGGUAUCAUGUUUUGGGAUGCAUCAUUCGACCAAAACAAUGUGAUCGAUGGAAAACAUUACAGUGAACACAUCGCCGCUAUGUUCAAAAAUGGACCAAUCCCGUCAGGAAAACCGAAUACUUUGCCACCCUACACCGGACCAACGAAAGCGACACCAUCCAAAGGAAGCACUGCUGCACCCACUGACCCACCCAAACCACCAACCAGACCAACAUCUGUGUCAUGCCAAGGGUUAUCUGAUGGUAUCUAUGCACACCCGAAGGAUUGUUCAAAAUUCUUCCACUGUCUGCGAGGUAUUGCAAGCGUGAAAUCAUGUCAAGCUGGUUUGAAAUUUAACCCAGUCGCGAAGUACUGUGACUGGCCACAAAAUGUGAAAUGUUAGUUUUACAGAAUAUAUAUUGUCUCAAA